AUGGCUGCACAGGAGUAUAAGCUCAAGGGCGUCAAGUCACUUGACUUGGGCCCUGGAGCCAAGGAGGAAGUCGAGGUGGAGGGUAUCGAGAACGGCAAGGUCUUGCUGGUCAAUGCUGCAGGCACAGUCCAGGCCGUUGGAUCCAAGUGCACACACUAUGGCGCACCCCUCGUGAAAGGUGUAUUGACAAAGUCUGGUCGCCUGACGUGUCCGUGGCAUGGAGCCUGCUUCAACUCCAAGACCGGCGAUGUUGAAGAUGCUCCCGCUCUUGAUGCUCUACCUACGUUCAAAGUGACAGAGCGCGACGGGUCGGUAUACAUCACUGGCGAAGAGUCUGCUAUCAAAUCCUCACGUCGCGCACCCAACUUCAAGUGCAAUGCCGCGGGGGAUGGCCAGGAAGAGAAGAUUGUCGUUGUUGGUGGUGGCUCAGGUGGUCUCGGUGCCAUUGAGGGCCUCCGCGAGAAAGGGUUUGGCGGUCCGCUGACAGUCAUCUCCAACGAAGGAUACCUACCCAUUGAUCGCACCAAGCUGAGCAAGGCGUUGAUGACGGACACUGAUAAGCUUGCCUGGAGGAACAAGGACUGGUUCACGCAAGGCUCGAUUGAGUGGGUUGACGGUGAGGUUGACGGCAUCGAUUUCUCGGAACGAUCCGUUUCGACCAAGGAAGGCAAGAAGUUUGCGUACACGAAGCUGGUUCUCGCCACAGGUGGUCAGCCAAAGCUUCUGCCCCUGCAAGGCUUCAAGGUAUUGGGCAAUAUCUUCACCUUGCGCAGCGCCCAUGACACAAAGAAGAUCACCGGCGCCAUCGGCGAGAAGGGCAAGAAGAUCGUCAUCAUUGGAUCGUCCUUCAUCGGCAUGGAAGCUGCUGUCGCAACUGCUGCGGACAACGACGUGACCGUGAUCGGCAUGGAGAAGGUUCCCUUGGAGCGUGUUUUGGGCGAGCAGGUUGGCGCUGGCCUGCAAAAGCUUGUCGAGGGCAAGGGCGUCAAGUUUUACAUGGGUGCAGGUGUCGACAAGGCUGAGCCCUCCAACUCCGACCCGUCCAACGUCGGAGCCGUGUUGCUCAAGGACGGCACUCGUCUUGAGGCGGACCUAGUUAUCCUCGGUGUUGGUGUGUCGCCAGCAACUGAGUUCUUGCGAAACAACAGCAUUGUCCGCCUCGAAGAAGACGGCUCUCUGAAGACUGACGAGAACUUCAAUGUCGUUGGUCUGAAGGAUGUGUACGCCAUUGGCGACAUCAGCACAUACCCCUAUCACGGGCCCGGCGGCGAAGGCAAGUUCACUCGCAUCGAGCAUUGGAACGUCGCACAGAAUGCUGGCCGCGCAGUGGCAAACCACAUUGUCAACCCCUCGAUCAAGACGGAACAAUUCAUUCCCGUGUUCUGGUCUGCCCUGGGUGCUCAGAUGCGAUACUGCGGCAACACGGUUGGUGGCUGGGACGACGUGAUUGUGGACGGCAACCCGGCGGACGCUAGCUUUGUGGCGUACUAUACCAAGGGCGAGGAGGUUGUCGCCAUGGCUAGCAUGGGCCGUGACCCAGCCAUGACCCAAAGCGCCCUGUUGAUGAGGACGGGAGCUAUGCCCAAGAAGUCGGAACUGAAGAGUAACCCCGAUGUGAUGGCGGUGGGUGUGCCGGCUUGA